GGGCCAGGCACAGCCCCAGAGCCAGAGCACCGGCCCGCCCAGCGGAGAGAGCAGCGGGCUUCCGCCCAGGAGACAGCCCGCGCCUCAGGCAGGCUUUGCUGACGUCUACUCACCGCUCCCCAGUCUGGCCCCCGGCUAGGCGGUGCGCACGCGCGGUGCGCGUCAGCAGCGGAGCGUUCCGACUCGAGCCUUUCCUUGGCUGCGAGGGGAAGGAGGAGGCUCAGCCCCCGCCCCCGCCCCCUUUCGAUCGAUGAGUCUGGGAGCGGCUACUCAUCUCUGCGGAGAGGGCGGAAGUUCUAGUCUCUCAGCCCAGACUUGUCGCUCGCGGAGCAGCUCGCCGGUCAGGAGCUCGCGCCGGAGUUGGGGGAAGGAAGAUGUUUCGCAACCAGUAUGACAACGAUGUCACUGUCUGGAGCCCUCAGGGCCGAAUUCAUCAAAUAGAAUAUGCUAUGGAAGCUGUCAAGCAAGGCUCAGCUACUGUGGGGCUGAAGUCAAAAACCCAUGCUGUUCUGGUUGCUCUAAAGAGAGCACAGUCUGAAUUGGCAGCUCAUCAGAAAAAAAUCCUGUAUGUUGACAACCAUAUUGGCAUCUCAAUUGCUGGGCUUACUGCUGAUGCAAGAUUGUUGUGUAAUUUCAUGCGUCAGGAGUGUCUGGAUUCUAGAUUUGUGUUUGACCGACCUCUCCCAGUGUCCCGUCUAGUGUCUCUAAUUGGAAGCAAAACCCAGAUACCAACACAGCGAUAUGGCAGAAGACCAUAUGGUGUAGGACUGCUCAUUGCAGGUUAUGAUGAUAUGGGUCCUCACAUCUUCCAAACUUGUCCUUCUGCAAACUAUUUUGACUGCAGAGCUAUGUCCAUUGGUGCUCGUUCACAGUCCGCUCGAACUUAUUUGGAGAGACGCAUGGCUGAGUUUGUUGACUGUAACCUGAAUGAGCUAGUUAAACAUGGUCUGCGGGCUCUGAGAGAGACCCUUCCUGCAGAACAGGAUCUGACCACCAAGAAUGUUUCCAUUGGAAUUGUUGGCAAAGAAAUGGAGUUUACUAUCUAUGAUGAUGAUGAUGUGGCGCCAUUCCUGGAGGGACUUGAAGAGAGACCACAGAGGAAGCUUGCUCCACCUGCUGAGGAACCUGCAGAAAAGGCAGAAGAACCAAUGGAACACUAAUAUUUGUGGAUAAGCCCGUGUGUUAACCUAUAUAUAACAAUAUAGGAAUGUUCAUCCAUUAAUCUUUACCCUGAACCAAAUGCAUAUUAUAGUAAUUAGGGAAAUUAGUCCUAGAGUAUUUUUCAAAUAUCCCUAAACUGGCAUCAAAGUUGUCAGGAAAGGUAUAAUCUUUUUUUUUUUUUUUUUUUUAAAUACCAGAAUACUAUCUGUUUUGUAUGAAGAGCAUAUUGUCUUGUAAGGGCAUCUGGAAUAAAUUUUUCUUUCUUGAAA